ACCGAUUCCAUUCUCCUGACUGAAUACAGCUACAUUUUCAGCCUGCGAACCCCAUGGCCGCGCAAACGAAGCCGUCGUCCCGCCGAAGUAUUCGAGAUAACAAGGAAAGGGCACGACAAUGGCUCACGAAAGGAGCCCUUGUGCGCGAAGACUCGGACGAUGAGCUGGGCUACGAUGAUCUUCCCUGGGAAUGGAUAUACGAAGAAGAUGGAAAUGAAAAUAAGCCUCAGGCAUCGGCAACUGAGGAAGAUGACCAGGAUUCGAAGACUUUGCGGCGACGUUCUGGGCGGCCGAACAAGAAAAGAAAGAUUGUGGGCGCUCGUAUGGGUAAAUUCGAAUGCAGACUGGGGCAUGUGGUACUCUUAAAAUCUCCAGAGGCUGGGAAGGACUGGGUGGGCCUGAUUACAGAAUUUCUCGAGGAAGAAGACGACGACGAUGAGGAGGAGAUGAUCAAGUCUGCCAAUAUCAUGUGGUUCGCUUCAGCGGAAGAAUUCUUGUCGACAAAGACGAAGAACAGAAAGAGAGUAGAUGCUCUGCCCAACGAGCAAUACUUGACAACUGACUUUAACGUGAACCCUCUAACCUCGAUCAAUGGCCGAGGAAAAGUGAUGUCAAAGGAUGCCUUUUUCGCCAAAUAUCCGAACGGAACCCCGCCUAGAAAUAAAGCAGAACUGGCAGAGUAUAAAAAAUGCAUUGUUUGUCGAAGAGGUGUCAACCAGCUUCAAGGGAAAUAUACCGAAGAGUUCGUCUGGGAAGAUGUUUACAAGGGCGAUGAAGCAAGCGUGUUCAAACUGAUCGAGUUGAUCAAAGCAGGCCUCAAAACGGCCAAGAAGCGUAAAGCAGCUGAUGAAGAUUAUGUGGAUAUGAAAGACGGGGACGAUGAAGCGCCCAUCACACCAAGGAAGAGGCAACGCACAACUGCUCUCCAGGUCACACCCCAAUCAAAACGUAAAAUCCUUACGACACCCACAAGCAAACGCAUUGUGGUGAAAAAGCCACUGGAAUUCACUCCACUUGGAACUCGUAUACUUGAUCCAACUCAUUUCACGUCAUCGCCAUACCGUCAGGCACGAUCGUUACUGCAUGUUUCAAGCGUGCCGACUUCACUGCCUUGCCGUAGUGCAGAGUUUGAAACUGUAUAUACUCACCUGAGUGCCGCAAUCGCCGAGGGUAGUGGUACUUGCAUAUAUAUCUCAGGGACACCAGGUACUGGCAAGACGGCCACUGUCCGAGAAGUGAUUGCUCAAUUGAACAAUGCAGUGUUGGAUGAAGAAAUGGAUGACUUUAUCUUUGUCGAAAUCAACGGCAUGAAAGUGACGGAUCCUCACCAGUCCUACUCUCUGCUCUGGGAAGCAUUGAAAGGAGAUCGUGUAUCACCCUCGCAUGCACUUGAUCUCCUCGAAAGAGAAUUCUCUCAUCCGUCUCCGCGUCGAGUUCCGUGCGUCGUCUUAAUGGAUGAACUUGAUCAACUGGUAACGAAAAACCAGUCAGUCAUGUACAACUUCUUCAACUGGCCUGCUCUCCGCCACUCGCGUCUAAUCGUUCUUGCCGUUGCAAACACUAUGGAUCUGCCGGAGAGAACUCUUAGCAAUAAGAUCUCGAGCCGUCUUGGUCUUACUCGUAUUACAUUCCCUGGUUACAAACAUACAGAUCUCAUUGAGAUCAUCUCCUCUCGACUCGCCAACGUCCCUGGAAAUAUUGUCGACCCCGAUGCCAUCCAAUUUGCCAGCCGAAAAGUUGCAGCUGUUAGUGGAGACGCUCGUCGAGCGCUAGAUAUCUGUCGACGGGCCGUCGAAAUUGCUGAACAAGAGUGUGAAGCAAAUGCCGCAAAGAACGGUACCAAUAAUCUCAUGGAUAUCGACGACACAGAGUCUCUUCCGCCCACACCAAGCAAGAGCACUAUACGCAGAAAUAAGAGUCAGAGAGGUAAUAGCAAGUCCGUUGUCAAGAUUGAGACCUCCCAAAAGAAGCCAUCAAAACAACAAACUCUUCCACGAGUAACAAUAGCUACAAUAAAGCAAGCCAUCCAGGAAGCAACAUCCACCCCUCUACAACAAUCACUUCGCUGUCUUCCACUCGCGGGAAAGCUAUUCCUUGCAGCUCUUCUUGCCCGAGUCCGCCGCACAGGUAUAUCUGAAUCCACAAUGGGUGACGUCUUAGAUGAGGCACGACGAAUUGCGGAUGCAGCAGUGGCAGUUGCCGGUGCUGCGGGAUUCAGUAUCAAGAACUUCCUACUUGGAAAGGAGAAUCCCGGUGCAAGAGUACAUGCCAUGGUUUUUGCCGCUAUAGAGCUUAUGAAUUCGGGCAUUGUGGCACUUGAGACUGGGGUUGGGAUUAGGGUUCGCGGCGGAGGGGAUAGGAGUAGCAAAGUGAGAUUACGGGUCGCUGCUGAAGAAGUCAAUUCUGCAUUUAGAGAUGAUAUUGAAGCUAAGGGGUUUGGUCUAGGCUUUGAUCAAUAG